AAAAUACGACUCAAAAAUCUUCUGAUGUUUUACAGAAAUAAUCUCCUCCUCUAGAUAUGAGGAUGACCCCGGACACCGAGGAGUCUCUCAGGUGUUCAGCGUCGUCCUGCAGCUGUUUGAGCUUCAAAGCAGGAAGUGUCCAGCUCAGGUCGUGUGGUAUCUGUGGACACAGCUGGGUGGCUCAUGCCUGUCAGAAGCUCCAGCAUCAGGCCCGGCCGCCCUCCAGCUGUGGCCCAGUGGAGGUGGCUCUUCCUGGGCUGGUGUUGGACCUGAGCUCCCUGGUCUUAUACGGAGCUCAGGCCGUCCCUGUUCGCUUAAAGAUUCUUCUGGACCGCCUCUACAGCGUCCUGACUCCAGAGCAGGUGGAGCACAUCCUGCACACACUGGGCUGGAGUCUGGGGGAUUACGUUAGAGGAUACAUGCUGCAGUUCCCCGUUGGGAAGGUGUUGGACCGCUGGUUGAUGGUGACUCAGGAGGAGGAGCUUCUGAUCCUCAGACAGUUCCUUCGCUUUGGUGAGACCCGCCCCAUCGUCGAGUUAAUGACCCUUCACUUCCUGGAACCAACAACCAACAUCAGCACCUUCAUCGGACGAGACGCUGGACCUGCAGGAGAGAAGAACAGAAGAGGGUCUUUAGGUUCAGACGUCUGUCGCUUCAAGAAAAACAACCAGACUGACCACCAGAACGUUCCAGACAGACUCUCUCUGCUCCUGCCGUUCCACUUUCCAAACUCCAGCUUCCACCUUCCCACCAAGGACCUCGAUCCUCAAAGUAAAGUUACAUUUCUAUGGAAGUCAAACGACUCCAAACCGUCUGAAAGAAACAACCAGGAGAGAAGAAGAGAAGAAGAGAAACAUCAGAUCAUAAAGAUCAAAUCUGACCCCGACAAGCCGAACCUCUCCCGAUCAGCAGGACAUCAGAAACCCUGGUUCCAAACUGACAAGGAUCUUCAGAGGAGCAUCUCCAAACCAGAGACCACCUCGUCCCCCUCCCCCUCCAAAGACUCCUCCUUCUUUUCUGUCCCCUCCCCCAAGUUUACCCAGAAGUACCCGGGCUCCUCCUCCCUCAGUCCUCUACCCUCCUUCUCUUCCUCCUUCCUCUGCUCUCUUCCUACCUCCUCCUUCCCUCCUUCCCUCCAUCCUCCCCCCUCUCCCCUCUGCACCCUCCCUUCUCUCUCGCCUGCAGGAAGUAGAAAGGGGAGGGUCUGCUGUGGCGUUUGUGGGAAAAGCUUCUACGACAAAGGAACCCUGAAGAUCCACUACAACGCGGUCCACUUGAAGAUCAAACAUCGCUGCACGGUGGCGGGCUGCACCAUGGUGUUCAGCUCGCUGCGAAGCCGGAACCGACACAGCGCCAACGCGAACCCGCGGUUACACACAGGGACAGGAAGAGACGCUAACGGCAUCAGAAACAUCAACAAGGAGACACGCUCGAGCACGCUCUCUGACUCACUGACGCACAGAGACACAAACACACAAACCUGCAGGAAAACAGAGACCAGCAACGACCUCUGGAAGCAUGACGACGCCCACUCGCUCAGAGAGGAAGUGAAACAUGGUUCAAACCCCCAACAAGACGACGUACGACCUCGUUUCAGAGCCCCUCCCCCUCCCCCUCAGACUCUGAGCUCAGAUUCCAGCUUCACCCUGAUCGACUCCACCAACAGAUCUUACCCACACACCCAGGCUCCGCCCCCUCCUCCACUCCUCCCAGGUCAUGUAGCCUCCUCCCUCUCCCCCCUGGUGUCACCGGUGAACUCUGAGCGCUGUCACAGUUUUCUCCUUCACCACAACAAGCACCCUGCCUCCAUCACCAGUAAACCUGCACCGCUUCACGACGCUGACCCAGAAGAAAAACAAAACAAGCUGACCAGUGAGCAGCGGCGGUGGGCUUCAGGUGACCUCCUCCCAAAGAAGAAGCCGAGGAAGUCGAGCAUGCCGGUUAAAAUAGAAAGAGAGAGAAAAGAAGAAAAAGAAUCGUGAAGAUCUGCAGCGUUCAGAGAGAAACUUGUUUUCAAAGAGACUCAUUCUGAUUCGUCCUGACUGUAAUCCACGUUAACUUUACUAAAUGAUUUAUUCAGAAGUUAAACACAGAUAUAGAACAUGGACGUUGUUUUAAUCUUUUUGAGGCUCUAUAAAAAUAUAUUGAAGUUUCCAAACCUUAUCAGUAAAAACAUUUUUGAAAUGUCAGAUAAAAAGUCUGAUCUGUAUAUUGUGUAUGCUGCUCCUGUGCAGUGGCUCCCCCUUCUGUUCACACUCUGUAACUGCAAUAAAAACUAUCAUCACAUUCUUAUAUUUACCAACCUGGGGUUUGAAAUGCUGGACUUUAGGAUGGGAAAGUAGAACAUGUAGUAAUCAUCAA